AGGCAGGGGUCCACGUUUCUGCCCCCACCGCCCUGUCCGAGUCACCGCGGCUGGCCUCAGAGCUGGACGCCCGACUCCGGCACGAUCUCAGCUUCUGGCUGAACUUCUCCUCCACCUUCGCCUCUGCCAGCGUUUCUGCGGUUCCGCCUGAUUUGAAGACGCGGACUGUUCGAUUCUGUUCCGCCGAACCGAUUCAUUUCAGCGGUCCGUUUCGAGGAAUCGGACGUCCGAUUCAGCGAAUCAUUGAUGUUUUCAAGUCAGGUGAACUUUAUUCGCUGCUCCCGUUCACACACGAGCACUGAUCAAUCGACCGGUGACGGGGAAAAAACAAACGCCUAAAAACUGUUUGGUGUCCAAACUUUUGCUUCUUUAAUUGAACAAAACCUGCGACUGGACUGAAAAUCUUGGCUUUUAUUUUUUUUUUAAUAAAAUAAUUAUCUUUCUUAUGUUUUUGGCACUUAAAGUCUUUUAUGAAGACUUUUAUUAAUAAAAAGGGCUAGAAAAUGUUGUUUUUUUCCCGUAAUGUCGGCCGCACAGUUACUUUCCCCAACAUUAUUAGAACAUAUAUGGGUACUGUAUGGUUCUGUAUAACGAGCCUGAAAUCGUAACCAAAGGUAAAUGAAUUAGACUGAAUUUUAAAUAGAAUUAAUGUUUAAAUGCUGCCUGUUUUUCUAAUGUUCUGCCCCUCUGUGCGGAGCAGACCCUACAGAAAAAAACACGAUUCAGUGAUUCCGUUCAUUGAUUCAGUUCAAGGAACCGAUUCGGAAGAAGGACUCGGACGUGUGCCACUGAUUUGACGUCGGCGGUCAGCAACGCCACAGUAAAAGUUACUGAAGAGUGCGACUCGGGGUCCCAGUCGGAUGUAGGCGGAGUGGCCGAGACUCACGCGGCGGCUAUUAGAGGCUCUGUGACGGUCAGCCGGGCGGUAUUUUUAGCGGUAGUUCCCGAAGCGGCGUGGCCGAGGCAGUGGUGCUGUGAGCGGGUAUGGAGGCUCUGUGGAUGCUGCCGCUGCUGGUCGUCCCGGUCCUGUUUCUGACCAGCAGCACCUUCGUCUUCUAUUUCAAAAAGUUCUUCUACGUGGCUUACAUGAUGCUGCUGGCCAUGAUCGCCAUUCCCAUCUGUGUCCUAAAGAGCGGCGGCAGGGACGUGGAAAACAUGAGGGUCAUUCGCUUCAUGGUACGUCAUGUAAAGUACUUCUUGGGUCUGCGCUUCGAGGUCAGCGGCUGGGAGCACCUGCAGGCCGACGGGCCGUACGUCAUCAUCUCCAAUCACCAGUCAUCGCUCGACGUGUUGGGCAUGAUGGAGGUACUGCCAGACCGUUGCACCACCAUCGCUAAGAAGGAGUUGCUGUGGGCGGGGACGGUGGGCCUGGUCUGCUGGCUGGGCGGCAUCGUUUUCAUCAACCGCAAGAAGACCAGCGACGCCAAGAGUGUCAUGACGGACACAGCCAAAACCAUGCUGCGCGACCAGAUCUGUUUGUGGGUGUUUCCUGAGGGAACAAGGAAUCAGAAAGGUGAUGUUUUGCCGUUUAAGAAGGGAGCGUUCCACCUGGCUGUGCAGGCGCAGGUGCCCAUCGUCCCCAUUGUGUUCUCCUCCUACAGUAACUUCUACCUACGGAAAGAGAGAGAGUUCAAGUCAGGAACGAUCACCUUGAAGAUCCUUCCGAAGAUCGAGACAAAGGGGUUGACAUCAGACGAUGUGUCAUCGCUCAGCGACCAAUCGUACGCUCUGAUGCGCUCCACCUUCCUGGAGAUUUCCAGCCAAUCGCCUCAGAGCAACGGGCCGUCCAACCACUGAACAUUCCGUGGCCCCGGCCACUUUCAUUGCCUCUCACAACCAGGAUGCUCUGCGGUGGCUCAAGACUUCGUAGUCAUGGUGACGGUAGCUGUGGCAACCAGACGCUUCCAGUAUCUUCUCCGGUGUCCACAUACAGCGUAUAUAUACACACACACACACACACACACACACACACACACACACACACACACACACACUCGACAGGUCUCAUCUCUUCAUUUCAGUCUCUUGUUGGGACAGUGAGCUUCAGACAGUGCAGCAGUGAGGGGUCAAGCGAGGGCAGUGACCUUUGACCUUGCCCCUUCCGAGACGUUCCGUUCUGGGUCCGGUUCAACCAGCGUGGAGCGUUUAUUUUUGUUUUAUUCAUUUCUCCCCCCGUGCCCCCCUAUCGCUGACAGGUUCGGUUUGGAGCGGAGCCCUCAGAACUUCUUCUCUUCGUGGAUGUGCAUUCAUCGUGCAUGCCUUCGGACGCACGGUCACACUCGCCGCCUUUAAUUUCACAGGUCCAGUUACGUUUGACCGAACGUUGGCCUUUUUUUUUUCUUUUCUUUUUUUUGUUGCAUCUUCUCGUCUCUUCUUCAGCCAGCACUCCUGCCUUACCACCCCGCCAAUGACAUCGUGCACCAGUAGAACACUGGUGCACCAUUCGGAACCUUCCACCACUCCAAGCCCGUAACGGAGGAGUCCGCGGUUUAAGCUCUGCACGCAGGUUCACGAGCGACGCUCUCCACGGCGAAGGAUUACGAGCGGAGGUUCUACAGACUCGAGCGAACUCGGUGUGGCUAGACCUGUGGUGACGUUUCAUUUCUUCCAGCCUCCUCAGCAGCGUUUGCAUGAGCUCUUCUCCUCCCUUAUUUAUUUUCCCUACCUGAAUCUAAAUUCUUGCCUUUUCGCCCCGAAGCCCGUUCGUUCGGGAAGUGCACCUGUCUCCCUGCAAACGUGUCAAAGGUAACUUCCAGAAGUGCAAUGUUGGGUUGUACCAAUACUAAUGCUCCAAAGUGCAAGCUUCUUGUUGUGCCAUGUGUCCAGAGUCUCUCAGCUACCAGUCGGUGGCAUUGCGAGUCACGUACUGACCAGUUAAUUGAUCUGUGAUCGGGAUGUUCAGCACGCUGGAGCUGCUGAACUGGCGUUGAUGACUGCGUCACAUUUCUUACUUGAGGUCCGAGUUCAGUUCCGUUCAACCCUUUUAAUAGUUUACUAUAAUGAAUUAUAACGAAUCAAGACAUACGGUAGCACCUUACUGUAGGUCAGCGUUCGCAAAGCCACAUAAGCUCAUCGUUACCACGGACCUACAUUUCUAGACACUUACUGCGGUGUCGUCUGGCUUUGAGGUCAAGUUGACGUUAAGCCUGCAUUGGGUAACAUUGAUUUUUGCUGGCAUCAGGUUGUCGUGACGAUUCUGAUUAUUAGUGUUCAUCACGUCAUGAUUUGGCAGCUUAAAUCUUCCACAUGGAGGAUGAAGCUCACUUUUGUUCAACUGGUCCAACUAAGUCAUCAGACUUCUAUCACAGAAGUCUGAGAGUCCAAAAGUCUGAGGGUGCUGAAGAAAACGCUUCGUUUAUGCUUUUCUUCUAUUUAACUAUAAAGAUUUUCUCCCAAAUUCUGUUCUUGCAGUAACGGUUUGAGUGAAACGUAGAAUCUCUGAAAUCUGAACUUUGAUAUGUUUUGCUUUGUUCGCUUUGUUGUGGACUAAGUUUGUGCAGAAGCCUCUGAUUGGUAGAAUAAAUCUGAACGUCACUGGCGUCACUGGCAGAGAUCAGACUAAAACAGGCUGAGCUUUCCAGGCCUUUCAGAAUCUUCCGCUUUUGUUCUUCAUCUUAAUGGCUGUAACUUCUCUUUGUUCAAAAUUCGGAAACUUUCUCUUUAUUUCCAGCAUUUAAUGGGGAAAGAAAUCUGACUGUUUAUUGCGGUCUCAGACUGUUGGACCUCAUUUCAUGGUCAUAACUUCUCUUUGUUCAAAAAUGUCAAACUUUCUGAUGUUUAUUUCCUGCAUUAAUUGGGAAAAGCCUGUUUAAUGUGGUCUCAGGCCUUUUGGACCUCACUGCACACUAGGCUACAAAUCCUGUACCUGGUCACCCCAGAAGGUGCCCAAUCAUCCCACCUGAUGGGCGCAUUAUGUCGACUUGACGUCAGAGCUGGCAAAUACAGCCGUUAUUACAGAAAACACCUUUUGCAGUGUUUAUAAAUGUGUUUAUUGAUGUUCGUAGGUUGAAGCCGGUUGUCGAGAUGAGCUUAUGCUGGUGUUGCCUUAUGAACACUUCACUGAAGUGCAGUGUUCCCAGAAUGAUCACUAAUAAACAGUGUAAAAAGAUGGAAAAUGUGGAAAAUGUUUAGGGAUCUAAUGUUCCCAACAAGUAUCUGCAACCAAGCCCAAUGGAAACCGUCAACAUUAACGAUUCUGCUUCACAAUAAGCCCAAAUAUAUAUGAAUAAAGUUCUGGACAACUGACCUUACUUGGACAAGAUUUGGUGGAAAUAAUCUCUCAGCUAAAAGAAGAGGUCGGAAACCGUUUAUGCCAAUUUCAGGUCGCGUUGAUCCACCUGAAGCUCCUUGUCGUCUCAAGGAUCACCUAAGAAUGUAGCUCAGCAAUCACCGUACUGGAAACGAUUUCAGGCCUUCCUGCUCUUUCACACUGAGUUUUCUUUUACUUUGACUGACCUGUAGCUAACUUUGCUAUUUAAAAGUGAAAUUAUGCAGAUUUUAAAAAAUUAAGUUGAUCCAAUGUGUGAGGUGUAAUCAGAGAUUCAGAGGGUUUGGUGUGAAACGGUUCAGAUGUCUUUACAGUGGUGGUGAUGGGAACCAGGCGUCGCCAUGACUACAACACAGAUAUAGACACUUUAUUUACCAUCCAGAAGCUCCAGAAAUGUAUAUUUGCUGUAUAUUUGCAUCACAGUUCCCUGCGCUGUAGAUUAACACCUUAAGUACCAUUUCAUGUAGGAACCUUCUGUGAGGAGCUUCUAGAGGUGGACGUCUGGUUCCCAUCACCACCACUGUGAGCGGCUCUGACUCCAGAAAUCAGACACCCACUCAGGAGUGACUCUGUUCAUCUAAGUGAUGUGAUUAUGCAGAAUUGAACCCAGGACUGAAUAAUGGUGAUAUUUAUUUGGAAUUCUUAUCAUUGUUUUUGUUUUUUAUGGGAAUGUUCUAGUUGUAUUUAGGCGUCCGCUGGGACGGGGAGGCCGACGGUGUUCUCCCAGGUUGUAGGCUGAAGUUAAUGCGUUCCAGCAGCUUUAAGGUAGUGUUUCUUUCGCUCUCCACCCACAAAAGAACAUUGACUUGUACUGUUUGAGAUCUGAGAGCUACAGUAUAAUGAGAAUUUCAGUUCAACUCCGUCAUUACUGACGGGAUUAGGAUUAAAACGGCUUAAGUUGUUAAGGCACUUUUCGUUUUGACUACUACAGUGAUGAUUUUUAUUCGUCUUCUUUUCCCUCAUUGUUUUUUUUUUUUUUAUCUUUUUUUGCCUAAAGGGAAAAAUGUGGCACAGUGGUGUUCAAAACAUGUCAUGACUUCCCACCAAAGCUACUCAUGGUGUAAACUGGUGGUAGUUCUAGAUUAUCAUCUGAACGGAGAAACAGUCCAACAUCUCCCGCUGGUUUUGAUCGGUGGUGUGUUUUUGAUGAAUAUGUACGGCGAACACACGCACAGUCGCUCCGAAAGCCCAUCGUAGUAUCUGGUAUUAUAUAUAAUUACACAGAAAGUACGCGAAAGACACGCGAGUCGUGCUCUCGCGCCGAAUCUGGACACAGCCUGUGUAAAGAAUGCCUUGGGAAAAGUUUAAGGAAAUAAAUUUUUUUCCUAUGGGAA